AUGGUGCCGUCGCUGACGCCGGUGGAUACGGACCUGAUUCCCGACGAGUCAAUGAGUCACACUGUUGCCACCACAAGCUCUUGGACAGAUUUGUGCUCUUCUGAUCCGCUAGUUGCCGACGUUUCCAAGCAGGUAUUGAUGCUGGAAAUAGCCUACGCUGCAUUUUGCGGAGUCAGCUAUGUUCUCAUCCCUGGUCCCAGGCUGUAUUGCCAGACCAUGAAACAGGUCGGACUGAUGCAGUAUGCUCGUGCCAUCCAAGAAGCUCUGGUGAUUGGAACAUACAUGCAAAUCAAAAUCUGGUUUCCAAUGAUAGGUCAUCCUGAGAACGAGAUACCGCGGAUGGGUGACUUGACACCAUUUGCUCGCUCUGAAUACAUUGGCAACAGCCCGGAAGAAGACACCGUCCUGGACUUGUAUGGAACAUGGGACGCCUGGAAUGCCAUCCGCUCAUUUUGUAAAUAUCAUACAAGGCUAUGUGUAGCACUAAGACUCCCCAAACAUCUGCCACCAGUCGACAUCCAAGCCAGGUGGUAUUCCGAGCCGGUAAAACUGCUCACAAUAGAUAGCACCUCCUUCACCAAGAACCCCAAAGGCUACCCUGUUCUAUCAAAGCCCCAUCAGACCUUGAUCAAUCGAUACAUGCGGCUACGCUUGCCACCGUGGAUAUUGCUCUGCAACGUUGGCCCUAUUUCCAGUACCGAUGACUCCUAUCCAAAAUCAGACCCCACAACGGGGCUUGCGGCAAGUCUGACAUUACCAGGUACUAUCGCAAGCUUCCCCACACUGGCCGAAGCAGCGCAAGAACCCUGUCAACGGAACGACAAUGCAACGCCGCAUCUCUCGUACUUGCGGAAUUUGCAGAGAAAACAGCCUCCUCAAUCACAGCUCGAGAAGUUUGGCAGCGGAUAUCAGGACUACUUACAGGCACCGUUGCAACCUCUGACGGUCAACUUAGAGAGCAUCACCUACGAAGUUUUCGAGAAAGACCCCGUAAAGUAUGACUGGUACGAGAAGGCCAUUGCUCGAGCACUGCAUGACUGGAUCGAACAAGGGAAGCCAACAUCGAAUCCUGACGGUCGUGUUGUCGUUGCGGUUGUUGGAGCAGGUAGAGGACCACUCGUUACAAGAGCAUUACAAGCAAGCGAUGAUGUAGGAGUCGAGAUUGACAUGUGGGCACUGGAAAAGAAUCCAAACGCUUUUGUCCUGUUGCAGCAUCACAAUGCAAACCCUGAGAAAUGGGCGAACCGGGUCAAGCUUGUGAAAUCGGAUAUGCGGACCUGGAGAGGGCCAUGGCGGAAAAGGGAAAGUGGACCUCGGGAGAGGAUUGAGCAGGCAUUAGUGCCGGAACUUCCUACAUCGUCUGUCUCGACUGAUCCGCUGGCCCAAGAAGCACCGUCAGGUCCCGUUGAGGUCGAAUACUGCGGUAUCGACAUCCUCAUAUCAGAACUUUUAGGCUCUUUUGCAGACAAUGAGCUCUCACCCGAGUGUCUUGACGGUGUACAACAUCUUCUCAAUCCCACCCAUGGCAUCUCUAUCCCGGCAUCCUAUACCGCUCACCUCACCCCAAUUGCAGCUCCAAAACUCUACGCUGAUAUCAACUCACAAGCACACUCCAAUCCCAAUGCUGCCGAGACACCCUAUGUGGUUAUGCUGCAUGCCAUUGACUACCUUUCCACCACCGCCUCACCACCUCCAGCUGAUUCCAGCCACUCCACCAGCUCAUCCCAGCAGCAACCCUCCAGCAGUCCAGCGAUCCAAAAAGCAUGGUCCUUCGCCCACCCCAAUCAUCAGCUCCCCGAUUCCCAACCCACCGUUAAUCCCACCAGUUCCCCAAACACUCUUCAUCCAGUCACUGCGAUAACGAACUCCCACAACACUCGCCACACCACUCUCACCUUUCCCAUCCCACACCGAGGCACCAUCCACGGUCUAGCCGGCUACUUCGAAGCCGUCCUGUACGGUAACGUCGAGCUAAGCACUAAUCCAUUGAGUAUGGAUCAGAAGAGCGAAGGCAUGAUAAGUUGGUUUCCGAUUUAUUUUCCACUCAAGACACCCAUCUACGCCCCCUCCGCCUCCGAACUCGUCGUCAACAUGUGGCGGCAAACCGACGACAGAAAAGUGUGGUAUGAAUGGAUCGUCGAGGUUCUCGCUUCAAUCCCCACUCCUUCUGCUGAGCCUGAACCCAUCUCCCCUCCUCCCGUUUCCGGCCACGGCCAGGGCAAGGGGAAGAAGGGCAAAGGGAAGGAAAAAGAAGGGAAGAAGGAGAGGGAGAAGGAUGGAACGCAGACGACGAGGCUGAUGAGAACCAAGAAGAUACGCAUCGCGAUGAGCGAGUUGCAUAGUAGUGUCAAGGAGGCUUGUUUGAUGUGA